AGAAGCCAAUUUUCCAUGCUGCUAUGUUAUGCUUUUCAAUAUUGGAUGGGGUCGGUUGUGUGGGUUCUUCCCACCUGUUCGCCACUUUCUGUCCUUGCCAGGUAAAGAUCUAAUGAGAAGGCUCCAUGCCAUUCCACCACUACUACCAUCACCAAGUGAUCCCGGUAUUCACGCUGCAGCAAUAUGGGUUCUGAAGCAGCUCCCAGAUCAGGGUGGGCAUCUGUGAAUGGAGCCUAUAUAUCAGGGGCCAGCAACCUUUUUCAGCCGUGGGCCGGUCCACCGUCCCUCAGACCAUGUGGUGGGCUGGACUAUAUUUUGGAAAAAACAAACAGACACCAAUUCCUAUGCCCUACAAAUAACCCAGAGAUUCAUUUUAAAUAAAAGCACACAUUCUAGUCAUGUAAAAACACCAGGCAGGCCCCACAAAUAACCCAGAGAUGCAUUUUAAAUAAAAGGACACAUUCUACACAUGUAAAAACACGCUGAUUCCUGGACCGUCCGCGGGCCAGAUUGAGGCGGCGACUGGGCCUUAGGUUGCCUACCCCUGCUAUAUAUUGUAGAAAGGGCACCAGGCUGCGAUCCGAAGUCAUGCAAGCCGGUGCAUGCAAAGACAACAUGGCUUCUCUUUCUUCUCUUUCCCUGAACCCCCAAAUCUGCCUCAGAGGGUUGGCUUGUUCUAUAGGUCUUUGCCAGCCCACCCAUGUGUAGCAGGCUCACCCCCAAGAUGGGAAACCUAUGUGGUUAGGGUUCCCAGUCAGGAGGACAGCCUAUGUACAUACAGCAGGAUCUCCUCUGCAGAUGUUUGCCCAUAAAGUGUGGACAGUCGUGGGAGGGCGAGUUUGGGACUGACAGCUGAGACUGAUGAUGGAGUUGGUCCAACAUCACAAGGAUCACAGGUUCCUCAAGGCUGUGGGAAUGACCUGGAUGGGUGGAUCAGGAUUGCUUGAGUCUUUCAACUUUUUGUUGGUUUUCAUGUAAAUACAAGAACAAUAUAUAACUGCAGUAGCUUGUCCAAUGGUACAUUAAGUUUCAUAUGCCGUACACAAGUAAUAAGUUUAUUUAUGCAUUAUCAAUUCAAGUAUCCUCUCCACAGAGAUUCUUGUGUUGUGGGUGGAAUAAAAGUAUCUUCUGUCUCAUUUAUAAAGGAAAAGAAUGGAAGUCAAGUGUUUAACCUUGAAGUGCCUUUCUGUGGCGAAUAAAGCAUUCCGAUAGAGCCACAUUCCAAAUAAAGAUUUCAGUGGGGAUUUCUAUAGGUUGUUUCCAGAAUUUGGCUAUUGUUAUUUGGGCUGCUGAAAUAGAAAAAAAAAUACUAAAAUCUUUGCAUUUAAGGUUAUUGUUUAAAUUUGAGUCUAAUGAUAACAAGGCAAGAGCCAAAUUGAGUAGAAGGGGUCUUCUGACUUUUUGGAAAGCUUACAAAAUCUUCCUCUUCCAAAAUUCCCAUGAUUGCUGCAUGGCUGCUGUGGUCCGUCUGUUGACUCGAUUGUGCUGACUGAAUCUUGUUGUACAUUUGUUUUUAUUGAUACUUUUAUUGUUUAAGUUUUCUGGAAGCCGCCAUGAGCCUUAGGAAAGUAAAGUAGAAACAACAUAAAUUCAAUAAGAGAUAGUCAUUAAAAUCAUUAACUUUUAAACUCAUUGAAAAGCAUCUAGCAUGACAAGUUUCUACCUGUCUCUCUCUUGCAUUUAUGUCCUGCCUUUCUAUAAAGAUAACCAAGGCAGCUGUUAAGAUGAGCAUCGCUUGCAUUGGAAAGCAAAGAAUAGCCCAGGAAAAGAAUUCAAUUCACAAUAAGAUAAUGCCACCCCACACUUUUUAGGAACAAUCCGAGAGACCUUUGGCAACAACAUCUUUUUAAAAACCCUUUAUCACAAGAUAAGCAUAUCACAAAUGUUUGCUGGCGUCUCGAAAUCAGAUAAGGGGUAUAAAAAGGAGAGACUUCUGCCAUUUUACAUCUGCUUUCCUCCGUUUCAGACUUUCCAUUUGGACUUGGCUGUUUUGAUAAUUUGCCAUGCCACUAGAACAGGGAGAAGUAUUUAUCUUGCAACUCUCUUUAUUAACUCGUUGUGUUUACGUAUUUUAAAUAUUCUCUACAGAUGGGACAUAUGGCAAAUGCUGGCAGGCUGUUCCUCCGUUGCCUCUAAGAUCCAGAUGCUAAUAUCAUUUCAUAACUUGGCUUCCACAGCUCAGAUCUGUACCCAGAAGAUUCUGUUUUGAAUUACCGUCGUAUUUGAUAUUAAUACUAAGCAUACUCACAGCUGUCCUAGAUUGCUGUUUCCACCCCUCCAUGGGAUUCUGCUCUCAGACAGUGGACAUAACACUCUUCUGGGCUUGCCUCUCUAAAGUUCUCCACUUCAGCCAGAACUUGAAUGUCGUGUCUACAUCAGGGCCUAGUGCAAUGUUACAUACAGAUGCUUGCAAUAAAAUCCCAAACAGCCUUAAAAACAGCACGCUGGAGGGGGUGGGCAAUUUAGAUCAGAGGAGCAGUAGUGUCAGAGCCAGCGCCAGGUUUUUUUUGGGGGGGGGGCUUUGCACAGUGUCCUCUGGUGGGCUCCAUCCUAUUUCUCAGGGGGGGUCAGCAGUAACAAGCAGCAAGCACAGCGCUCUAAAUUGGUCCCAGUUGAUGGCAGGCACCCUUUGACUUCUCCCCACAGGUAGACUCUACUCUGUGCAAAAUGAAAAUGGCGACUCAGGGGGGCUGAAUGGGGUGCAGGUCAGUGAAUUGACCUCUCUGUUUUUAAGAAUCCUCCAGGAAGCCAUCAGUUGUGCCCUGAGAGGAUGUGCACGGUGGCAGCGGUGAUGCUUGGCCGCUGGGGAGCCAGGCACAACCCCAGCCUCCCUGCUCCAUUCUGCUGACAACUGCUGAAAUUACUCCAAGAGAAUCUUGAAAUGGCAGUGAGCAGGAACACAAGGGAUGCGGGUGGUGCUGUGGGUUAAACCACAGAGCCGAGGGCUUGCUGAUCAGAAGGUCAGCGGUUCAAAUCCCCGUGACGGAGUGAGCUCCCUUUGCUCAGUCCCUGCUCCAGCCAACCUAGCAGUUCGAAAGCACAUCAAAGUGUUAGUAGAGAAAUAGGUACCGCUCCAGCGGGAAGGUAAACGGCGUUUCUGUGCGCUGCUCUGGUUUGCCAGAAGCGGCUUAGUCAUGCUGGUCACAUGUACGCCGGUUCCCUCGGCCAAUAAAGCGAGAUGAGUGCCACAACCCCAGAGUCGUCCGCGACUGGACCAAAUGGUCAGGGGUCCCUUUACCUUUACCUAGGAUCAAAGGUAUAGACUCAUGGAACUGGAGAGCUGGAAGGGACGACAAGGGUCCUCUAGUCCAACCCCCUGCAAUGCAGGAAUCUUUUUCCCAUUGUGGGGCUCAAACUCACAACCCUGAGAUUAAGAGUCUCGUGUUCUACCGACUGAGCUAUCCCAGCCUCUUUAUCUUCCAGCCCCCUUUUUCCUGCUGGGUGGCCCUUAUUUAGCUGGCCAAAUCUCUCCUCCCCUGUGAUGAUUGAUCCAUGCUGCUACUCUCCUGUGCUUAAUAGGGAUUUCCAUUAAAAUCACAGGAGCUGAAGGGGAGGUGUAAAUCUCUCUCCUCUCUGCAAUCCCGCUUGUGCUGCGGAACAGGUCAGAAUGGUUAAAGUGGAACUGUUGUAGUUUAGUCCUUUAGUCGUGUCCUACUCUUCGUGACCCCAUGGAACUGAGCACGCCAGGCAUUCCUGUCUUCCACUGCCUCCCACAGUUUGGUCAAACUCAUGCUGGUAGCUUUGAGAACACUGUCCAACCAUCUCGUCCUCUGUCGUCCCCUUCUCCUUGUGCCCUCAAUCUUUCCCAACAUCAGGGUCUUUUCCAGGGAGUCUUCUCUUCUUAUGAGGUGACCAAAGUAUUGGAGCCUCAGCUUCAGGAUCUGUCCUUCCAGUGAGCACUCAGGGCUGAUUUCCUUCAGAAUGGAUAGGUUUGAUCUUCUUGCAGUCCAUGCAAGAGUCUCCUCCAGCACCGUAAUUCAAAAGCAUCAAUUCUUCGGCGAUCAGCCUUCUUUAAGGUCCGGCUUUUUAAGAUGCUGUCUAGGUUUGUCAUUGCUUUUCUCCCAAGAAGCAGGCGUCUUUUAAUUUCGUGACUGCUGUCACCAUCUGCAGUGAUCAUGGAGCCCAAGAAAGUAAAGUCUCUCACUGCCUCCAUUUCUUCCCUUUCUAUUUGCCAGGAGGUGAUGGGACUAGGGUGCAGAAAACGGCUCUUUUGGAUGAAAGGUAGGAUAUAAAAUAAGUAAACAAUCAUUAUCUGGAACACACACACCCUUCCUUCUGCUGCCUGGCUUAUCAGUGAGAGGGUAUGUUGUGGACCAUGUAAAAUCAGGCAGUGGGUUAAAAGCAGCCCUGUGCACUUCAGAACAAGAAAUAGACAAUGCUUCUCAGAUAUUAUACAUACUGUCUGUGGAAUGUGCACAUUGCCCCAAGUAUGCUCAAAAUGCAAUCAAGAUAUGCACAUUUCCCAAAGCCUAUUGAAGAUUAUGUAUGCUGUAGAAAAUUCAGGUGCUGUAUGAACAUUCUCCUAGGCCUGUUGCAGAUAAUAUACAUUGAGUGGGAAUUGUGCACAAUUUCCUCUUUGUGGGAGGGUUAAGUGCACAUUCUUCAUGAGACCUGGUGAGUGUGCACAAUGGUUGGUCAUUAUUCACAUUAACUUCCCAUAAACGAAGACACACAAACACACACACACACACACACACACACACACACACUGUAGUAAAACAAUAUUGCAUAUUUGGAUGGAUUAUAUUGCUUUCUCAAUAAUCAUGAAAAUAUGUUUUCCUGAAAUGUCUCCCAUUUUUGUUUUCAUUCAUUCAUGUUAAUAUAAUGCAUUAAUUUUACCAUAAACACAGAGAGAGUCUUUCCGACUGGUGUCGUAAUAGACAAAACCAACUUAGUUGAGCGGAGAGAUCUUUCUCUAGAUACUUUUACAACAUAUUUAUUUUCCUCUUUUCACAGAGUUGGAGCAAGACCAAAAGACAAGAUUGGUUUCCAUUUGGUGUCAGAAUCCUGGCGUUUUAUCUGUCGGAAACAGUAAACACAAUUAUGAGGAUUUCCCUUUAUCCUUUCAAGUGCUGUCCUUCCACUCCAAAUUGCUCCGGGAGUUUGCUGCAGUAAGGAAAUGCCAUAAAUGGCCCUGCAAUGGCAACCAGGAAGAUAACAACCGGCCUUCUACAGCACUCUCGGGUCUUUGUGAGUGA